GAGGACGAGAACAGCUCGCUUCUAACUGGACUGCAGGUUGGUGACAGCUUCUUGAGGUGGUGAGAGACCUGCUUUGUAACUUUCAGCCAGAUUCAGCCACUAGACCCCAAAAAACAUGACCCUAGCCGCUUACAAGGAGAAGAUGAAAGAGCUCCCCCUGGUGUCCUUGUUCUGCUCCUGUUUCUUGGCUGAUCCCUUGAAUAAGUCAUCCUAUAAAUAUGAAGGCUGGUGUGGGAGACAGUGUAGGAGAAAAGAUCAAAGCCAGCGGAAAGACAGUGCUGACUGGAGAGAAAGAAGAGAGCAGGCAGACACAGUGGACCUGAACUGGUGUGUAAUUUCUGACAUGGAAGUCAUUGAGCUGAACAAAUGCACCUCAGGCCAAUCCUUUGAAGUCAUCCUGAAGCCACCCUCCUUUGAUGGAGUACCUGAGUUCAAUGCCUCCCUCCCUCGGCGGCGAGAUCCAUCACUGGAGGAGAUCCAGAAGAAACUAGAAGCAGCUGAGGAGCGACGGAAGUACCAGGAAGCUGAACUCCUGAAGCACCUGGCAGAAAAACGAGAACAUGAGAGGGAAGUGAUCCAAAAAGCCAUUGAGGAAAACAACAACUUCAUCAAAAUGGCUAAGGAAAAACUGGCCCAGAAGAUGGAAUCCAAUAAGGAGAACCGCGAGGCUCACCUUGCUGCUAUGUUGGAACGUCUGCAAGAGAAGGACAAGCACGCAGAGGAAGUGCGGAAAAACAAGGAGCUGAAGGAAGAGGCCUCCAGAUAAAGCCCAGAGGCCAAAGACGUUUCCAGGACAGAGGGACAGCUGCAGCAGCUCUGCAGUCCCCGAGGCAGCCCUGCGCCCGCCGGCUGCUCUCCCAGCACUGGGGUUUGGGGGGAGGGGGAGGGUGGCUCAGGGGCGUUUCCUCUGCUUUUGGUGUUUGUGAAUGUGAAGAAUUGACCAGUGAAGCCAUCCUAUUUGUUUCGGGGGAACAAUGAUGGGGUGGGAGAGGGGAGAGAAGGAGAGAGGUUGGGAAAUGGAGAUGGAGAAGAACUCUUGGACAUUGCAACAAAGUCACGGCCUUUACUUUUCUUCACAUCUCUGCCUGGACAUUGAGCCUCCAGGCGCUAUGUUCAGGGAAGUUGAAAACGGGGGCAGUAGAAGUUCCAGGUGCAGUGCAUAGUCCUGGGUGGAACAGUGGACGCACAAGCCCAGCAGGAGGGGGUGGGUGGGACCUGGAGGCAUUUCCACCCUGGAGCAGGUGGGAUGAGGCGUUGUGAUGCCAGGGUCUGAAUGUGUGUGUUUUAACCAUCCAUUUUUGAUCAUCAUGACAAAUGAAACAUUUACUC